AUGGGGAAUGAGUCCAACAACAACAUAAAUUGGUGCGUCCCUUCUAGGACUUCCACCUUCCAUGGCAACGGUGGCGGAGUAGCAGCAAGCGGGGAGAGAAGGCGGGAGACCAUGACCAGCAAGGUAGCUUCUGGUCAAUUACAAGAGGAUCACAGCCUGAGUUACGACUUCUGCAUCAAGGAUGGCGGUGGUGGGUGUAUAUUUCAAGCAUCGGGGGUGCUAUUGGGAUCGUGA